AUGAAGACAUCAUUUGAAAUUCCGUUCUAUGCAACUGACUUGCCUUGCCCGCUACCCACCGAUACCGAAAUCGAGAACGCCCCGGACAUAUCCAUGGAAUAUGGAGGACGAAGAAUAGUCGGAGUAGGCCAGCAUUUUGUUGUGAAAUUCGGACUGGGUGUCAAUCUCAUUGAAGGAGAAAAUAUGUUGUUUGUUCGGGAGAAAACAAACAUCCCUGUCCCGCGGGUCUUCGCCCUCUAUUCGGACCCAGGGACAGGCAAAAAUUUCAUUGUCAUGGAGCGCAUUCUCGGUCAAACACUUCUUUCAGCAUGGCCGCAACUUACAACACCAGAGAAAGAAGAAAUACUGAAAGACCUACGGAGAUACUUUGAUGACUUGCGCCAGCUUCCAUCCCCAAAGUACUUUGGCAGUUUCGACCAAAGACGACUUCUGGAUGAGAUAUUUUGGACACACGAGCCAGAUCCAUUGGUGAACGGUCCUUUUUACUCUGAAGAAGACCUCAACGAAGCAAUGUUACGAAAGUACACCUACAACGGAGGCCCACUCUACAGAGCGGAAUAUCUUCGAAGGUGCUUUCCUUUUAUUUUCAAGGGCCACAAAGCGACAUUCACCCACGGUGAUUUGCAAAGGAAAAAUAUCAUCCUAUGCGAGAAAAUUCAUCAAGACCAAGAAGGUUCACGCCUCGUGAUAAUUGAUUGGGAAAAGUCUGGAUGGUAUCCAGGAUAUUGGGAAUAUUGCUUAGCCGUCUGUGCUUUACGAUGGGAUGACGACUGGUCCCUUUGGAUUGAUAGUAUCCUUUCGCCGUUUGUCUCCGAGGCUUCAUGGUUUCAGUCACUACGCCUGGAAUUAUGGUCAUAG